CAACCUCCACUUGUGUUUUCAGAAAAAAUAUAUUUAAUAAAUUUUUGUUUAAAUAAUUAAAUUACAUUUUAUUUUAUUUUUAAAACAGAACAAUCAAAAUAAGAUAUUUAGCAAUUGAGUACCAAAUGGAGAUUUCAGAUGUUUUUUUUGUGAGAACCUUUUCUCUGUUUCUCUUUCCUUUCCUUAAUUUUUUUUUGCUUAUAAUAUUUAGAAAUUUUGUGAGAACUCUUUGUUGAAAUUGCUCUUAGAAAUGAUCUAGAUUGAGUCUGAGUCUAAAAUUAAAGAAGGUCUAAAAGCUUUGACACUCAAUGGAGCAGAGGUGCGCACAAGGUUCAAUACACAGCAAAUAAAAGAAGGUCUAUAUGCUGAUUUUGUUUCUUCUUGAUCGGUGUUGAGUCUCAUUUAAGGUAGUUAAAACUUUGUUUAUGAUUGUUUUGGUUCUGGGGUUGAUUAUCUUUCAGCCGCCGGCUUGUGUCACUGGGAUUAGUAUGCAUCUUCUAAUCGUCAGUUUGGUUUUUUCAUUUUCUGGGUUUUAGUUUUUGUGUUCAGGUAUGUAACCUCCCUUGCUAGGGUUAUUAAGUUAUGUUUCAAUAUUAAAACAUCAGAUGACCAAAAAAAAAAAGCUUUGACACUUUGACCACUUGUGGGUGUAUUGUGUCUGAAAUUUGGAAUUAGUGAUUUGUCUCUUCUAGAAUACUUGAUAAAAGCAUAUGCUAAUAUACGCUUCAAUUUCAAAUUUGGCAAUUGCUUUUAUAAUUUUAUUACAUAUAUUAGUACAAGUUUUUGUUAAAACACGCACGUUGUUAAUUUAGUAUACACCGCCCUUCUAGACGCCUACUACUCGCACGUGAUUAAUUUACAUACAAACUCACGUCUUCUUUAACAACUAUGCAUCAUGACUAGGAAAGCGAUCGUAAAAUAAAAUUUAAAGAGACAUUGUCGUCGUCAACUAUAAUGGCCACAUUGUGCUUGCAUAUAUGUAUGUAUAUAUAUAUAUAUAUAUAUAUAUACUUGUACAAUCCGUAACUUCUUGUGUCUCUUGUCAUAAUUCUCUGAUAGAAAAAAUAAAGAGAAAUAUAUGAACACAACCAAGUUUGAUGUGUCACCUUAUUUGCUCCUCGAAGCAUCUGCAGAUUCCGAUGGCGGAGGCACCGUUCAGAUCGUGGGUGCCCUGGACGGUGGCGAAUCCAUUGUUAACGAUUAUUACACGGAUGGCGAUGAUAAGUCUUGUAGUGCCAGUUUGUACGAGACGUCUUGUGUGACGGCGACGAGUCAGAGACAGAGUUUUGAUCUAGAGGAGGAUACGGUGAAGGAAGAAAGAAUAUUCACCACCGCAGAGGAAGAAGACGAGGACGGAGAAGGGGAAGUGAACAGCUACAGAAGAUGCGGGAAAAGCCAGUUUGUUAAACUGAGCGUUGAUUCUAGUGAGGUGGUGAGUGAGAUGGACAAAAGUCGAAUGUUCUGGGAAGCUUGUCUCGCUUCUUGAUCAGUCUAUCUAUCUUGUCUCGCCAAAAAUGAGAAAGCAACACGUCGUCUAGCUUAGGCUAAAUACAUGUCUAGCAUCUUUUUUUUUCCUUCUUUUGUGGUUUUUGCUUGUAAUUGUGCCUGUGAAUGCCCUUAUAUCCACCCAUCAAUUAUGUACAUAGAAGAGUCAAUUCAUUCUGAUGAUGUUCUCUUA